GUCUGAACGAUAUGUGCAUAUGAUUUAUUAUGUGACUAGUGAUCCGCUGGCUAAUAUGCCCGUUGGUGGUCGAGCGAUCUAUACUGAUACGAAUCGAUUCGGCGCUGUCGUAAUCAUAGAAGUCAUUUUUCGAGCUUUGACGAAUGAAGAUCUGCUGGUAAUUGAUCAAGGUGUUCGUCGGAUUCAUUUGCAAGGUAGAAAUGUUGAUGGUGCUCGCAUGAAUCAGUCCGUGCGUCGUCGCGUGAUUUCAGAGGCUUGGUGGCGACGUAAUCUCAUUGCUCGUAGGCAACCUGAACCUGCCGGUGUUUGGGCCGAGGCCAUUGAUGCUGGAUCGGAUGCUACAAGAAUACCUGAUGACGAGAUAAUGGUUUUGAUGUCUCGUAUACGUGAGCAGUAUGGUGAUCGUAAUCGACGUAACGAUCAGCAAUGA